AUGGAGCGGCUACCGCUUCCCCGAGUCUCCGGGACUGGCCCUGGGUACGCCCGCCCCGACCUGCAGAGAACUUGCCCGGGGAACCAUCAGGGCCCUGGUCCAGGCGGGCUCCGGUCCUCCGUUGCACUUUCUGCUCACGGCUUCCUCGAAGGCAGCAAGACCGAGGGCCAACCAGGGGAGGCCCGCUCAUCACUGGAAGACCUUAGGCGGCGGUUGGCGCCCGCCUUCCAGCGGACCCGGCGGCGCGGGGCCUCGGGAUGCUCCUGGGAGGCGGCGGCCUGGGCGUCGCUGCUGGAGAUGCAGCGACGCGCGCGCGUGGAGAGCGCCCUGGCCUGGCUGCGCUGCGAGCUGCUGGAAAUGCGUUUUGAAAAUCGCCAGCUGACCAGAACUUUACUGGAUUUAAGUCUGAAAAUGGAACAUUUUAAAAAAGAGUAUGAAAUGGAAAUUGCAGUAGAAUCACAAUGCUUGGAAACGAAUGCUAUGGUUCUGGAAAAGGAAAUGUACACUUGA